GUUUAUUAAACGGAAUGAGUAGAGCAAGUCAGAGACCAAUUUAAACAGUAGUCAGUCACACACUUUACUGCAGUUUGUCACCUGGAUUACACUCACUCCGUUUGACGCUGUGACAUCUUUUAUGACCAUGCUCAGCUUUACCUAAAACCCUAGCAUUUUUGUUUUACCCUUAGAAAGCGUAUUUGAACUUUGAUAACGAUGCUCAGCGCGGCGACGAUGGACAACAAGAGCGGAAUGGUGGCAAAAAUCCACACCAGGAUAAGAUCGGAUCCCUUCGCGGCCAAUUAUGAGCUGGCUGCCAAAGAACUGGGCCGGGGGAAGUUUGCUGUGGUGAAGAAGUGCACGGAGAAAGCGACCGGCAAGCAGUACGCCGCCAAGUUCCUGCGAAAGCGGCGGAAGGGCCAGGACUGCCGCGUGGACAUUCUCAACGAAAUCGCCGUGCUGGAGCUGGCCAAGUGCAACCCGUACGUAGUGGCUCUGCACGAGGUCUACGAGACGACCACGGAGAUCGUGCUGGUGCUGGAAUGUGCCGCCGGUGGCGAGAUCUUCGAUCAAUGCGUCGCCGAUAACGACGAUGCCUUCAAGGAGCAAGAUGUGAUCCGGUUGGCCCGGCAGAUCUUAAUGGGGGUGGACUUCCUGCAUCGGAACAAUGUGGUGCAUCUGGAUCUAAAGCCGCAGAACAUUUUGCUGACCAGCGCCAGGCCUUUGGGUGACAUCCGGAUAGUUGACUUCGGCCUGUCCAGACGGGUUGAUAGCAUCAGCGAGGUCCGGGAGAUUCUGGGUACUCCGGAGUAUGUUGCUCCCGAGAUUCUCAACUACGAACCCAUCAGCACCGCUACAGACAUGUGGAGCAUCGGCGUUCUGACCUACGUCAUGCUAACCGGCGAGUCGCCCUUCCUGGGCGAAGACAAGCAGGAGACAUUUCUCAACAUCUCCCAGGUCAACGUGGAGUACUCGCACGACACCUUCCAGGACAUCUCGCCGCCGGCCGUCGACUUCAUCAAGUCCCUGUUGGUGAAAAACCCCAGGAAGAGAGCCACAGCUGAGGAAUGCCUAAGCCACCCUUGGCUGAACCCGCUCCCCCUCGCGCACCACCACCUCCAGCCCGCGCUGUCCUCGUCAUCCCUGGACGGCAGCGACGCCAGCCAGUCCGAGUCGGAGCCCGAGAGCCCGGCGCCGUCUCCGGAGCUCGGCCUGAUGGGCUCCUUCCUGGCGUGCCCGUGCCAGGGCGAGCUGAAGACUGGCUGCGGCUCCUUCUCUUUCGCCCCUCUGCCCGAAAUACAGCAGGAACUCAUCUGCUGAACGCUCGGCUUAAAGGACCGAUAAACUGUGCGGAUCCGCUCGGGAAAACGACGAGGAUUAAAAGACUGGUUCGUCGUUUUAAACCGAAUUAGCCUUCCAAACCGGUUGCGGAUUUUUUGGGGGGUGAAGGAGAGAAAAAAAAUGGACGUUUUACAACGAGUUAGCGCGUUAGAAGUUAACUUUUAUAUUGUUUAUUUAUGUUACAUUUGCCUUUACAGUCAACCUGAGUCAGCAUUCUCACUUUUCCCAAUCCAAUUUUGAGCACUUUUUGUUUUCUUUUUAAUUGAAAAAUCACGCAAUCGCACAGUUCAUACGGUAAAAGUGCCACUUUGGUGUAUGCGCAUUGUUUUUUGGGUGUUUGCACAAGUCUUUGCACCUGUUUUUUUUUUAACAGUUUGUACUUAAUUGCAAGAAUGUUUUUGGCUGAAUUACUUUGAGGAAUAACAGUUGAGUCAUUGAUUACGUAACGCUCGGGAGUGAGGCAUCGCAAUGUUGACCAAUAAACUGAAGUGUUUUUCUCGCCGUCUUUGUAUCGAUUGUCGACGUCUUAUUUUUUUCAAUGUUAACUUUUAUUUUCCGUUGUUGUCGCAGUUUUGCACUUGUCCGCGUGGACGUUUUUGUUUAAAAUUGAAUAAAUGUUGUUGUUCUUGCGAAAUGUAAAGAGAUAAAUACAUUUUGGAUC